AUGUGGAAAUUUCAAGACAAGUAUAAUCAAGUGGCUGUGGUUCAUCCAGCAAAAGACAAAACACAAGGUGCAGCAAGUGCAAUAGCAAAUAUUACAGGGCAACAUCUCCAUUGGCAGGCGGCCACUUACACAGGCAUUCCUAGUCCAACUACAAACUCAAAUGCAUUAGUACAGUGUGCUCUCUGCCAAAGGAGAUUUGCCCGAAACACUUAUAAUUAUUUUCCUGGCUUUUGCCUUCAGCUUCUGAAAGGGAAAUGUUUAAUUCAUAGGAGAAGUGAAGAAAUGUAUAUGCAAGUACUGACAUGGAACAUCUAGCGACGACACAAACUAGAUUUUCUUUUGGUUUUGGUGUUCAAGUUCUAAAGGUCUGAAAAUGGAGACAUUUGAACUUAAAACUUAUUAAUGAGGGCUACUGAAGCUUGAAGAUCAUGAGCUGUUAGUGUCAUUCACUUGAUCAUGCUGCCUAGUAGUACUUCAUGGAAGGAGACGCAGGGUUAAAACUCCACUUUCAAGAUUAACAAUUGCAUUCUCAUGGUGAUAAAUGGUAUUUUCUUUAGGUUGGUACAGUGUAGGGCAGUAAAUUAUACUUGAAAUUUAUCUGAUUCAAACUUCAGUUUAUUCCCAGGUUUUCACUGAUCUAUAUACACAACCUCAUGAUGAAUUCGGCACACUUUGAUCCCAGUAAACAAACAAGAAAAGCAAAAAAGGAAAAAGUGAAAGGGUAUUACAUUGCUAUAGAGAGCCAUACAUAUAUGUAGGGACUAUUUAUCUGGUUUUGAUCCUGACAUGCCCAUUGUUUUGCAAUACAAUCAAUUAAUGUAGGGAACUGGUUUCCAACAUCACUUAAAAUUCUCAAGUGUUUUGUUAGGAGCUGUUUAAAUUCUCAUAAAUUUAAUGAGAAAAUAUAUAUGUUCCAUAUAUCUA